AUGACCUCCAUAGAACCACUUCCACCUUCCGUCUCUGAACUGUUAGCAAAUUCCUCUAAGCUCCGCGCUCGAUAUCCAAGUAACACAGCGCGUCAAUGGCGGCGUUCUCGCAUCCGACCUCCCCUAGCAUUCCGUCUUCUGGGUACAGCAUCCUACGCAGACACCCCAACAGCAGCGUUUUACCGCAUAUACGAAUUCUUGGUCACCAACCACAACAUCCACUUCCGAAAUGAACUCGAGUACUUUUGCUGUUCGCACCCAAACUGGUCAAUCUCUUCUCUUCCGGACCCUAAAGAUCCCGAUCCAUUGCGCUAUGCGAUACUAGCAGUACUCACAAAACUGAUGUGCGAUUCUUUCAAUCGUCGUAUUGGGUUAGGAUUACCAAGAGAUGCACCUGCUAUCAUCGAGGACUUUGCGGAACUUGAGGCGCGUCCAAAAGUUUACGAAGAGCCUCCGGAAUGGGCGAAACGAGUGCAGGCUCUUCCAGAGAAAGUUUUUAUCCCAAAUGUUGAAGGGAAGAAGUUGGACGAAGAUCAUGAAGAUGUUAGUGAAGAAUUUAAGGCGAUGAAUAUCAUCGUUCAGAUGCCUCACAUCCAUUUUGUGUAG